AUGAAUUCAAAUUGGUUAUCAUUAAGAGGACGCAUCUUUACAACUAUAGGUAGUACGUCUAAGCCUGGAAUUCCAACAACACUAAACACAGUUAUCAAAAGAAACGGAAAAUCCCUUUUAAAACCAUUUCCUAGCCUAAGACUGAAUAAAGCUGGAGAUUGUAAUAACAUUCAAAGUGCCCAAAGCAUUAAGAUAGAUCCAAAUACGAAUUAUAUAUGGGUACUCGACGAAGGCAACAUAAGAUUCUGUCGUAGAAAACUAGCUGUUUAUUGCAUAAAAACGAGACAAGAAGUGUUUCGGCAUAUAUUUCCAGACUCGGUUUUAUCUGAAUCAUCAAUGCUUUUUUAUCUGACUUUGGAUAGAGAUCAAGGUAUAACUAGGUAUGUCUAUGUUGCCGAUUCUAUUGCAAAUAAACUUAUUGUUGUUAAUGCGGUUACAAAUGCAUCUUGGUUGUUUUCACACCCGUCAAUGGUAGGUGAAGCUAAUGCAGGUAAUAUAACUGUAAAUGGAGAAACGAUCUUCAGUAGGGGAGGUAUAAAUGGUAUUUCAACCACGUCAGAUUUCAAAUUUGUUUACUAUUUCUGUGUUGCUAGUUUCAAAACAUGGAAAAUAUCUACAAGUAUACUAAGAAACCCUUCCGCUGACAGUAUCGCAUUUGAUGAAAAUGUUAGAAUGAUAGGUAUUCGUCAAAACCAUGUUGUAAGUCUGACUCCUGGAACAAGAAGCUUCUUUUUUCCUGCUCUAAAAAUCAAUGGUAUAUUGAAAUUGGAACGCAAACAAGACAUUUUUAUAGACGACAGCGAAGAAAAAGUUAACUUGCGGACAUUUCAAAGGCUGUCAUCGUCCACUGCCUUGAAUUUCGCAGAUGGAAUGCACAUAGAUAAUGGAUUUUUAUAUUUUGUUACAAAUAAGUUCCACAAAGUUCGCUUAGGAACGCUGGAUUUUUCUGGCGAGGUACACAUCCAAAAUCAUACAAGAACUAAAGUAACUUAG